GUUUUUAGACACCUGUUUUGUUCUGUAAACUGAUCUCAAAAGCUCCGACUUAUGGCAAUCUUUUAACCUGUCUGGUUGAGCUAGACAUCAUGAGUUUAAUAGCGGCAUUGAAUAAUGAAGCUCAAAACAGUGAUGCCUCCGUUGAUUUAAAGCCUAGUGUUUCCCCAACCCUCGUGCUCAAUUUAAAAAGUGAGGUGGCAACACUGAGGCAGCAGCUUGGCAAGCGAGAAAUGGAGCUCUCGGAGCUUGCAUCUGUCCACCAGGAGAUGAUAGAGCAGCGUUCGAUGGUGGAAGGAGAGCUGGAGGUGAUGAAGAAAAAGGCGCUUGAAGCAGACGCAAAACUAUCGGAAAUAAAGGCUGAAUCUGAGGCAGCUAUUCGACAAAACGCGAACGACAAGCAAGAACUUGCCAUGAUAAGACGACGGUCGUUAGUAGGAGGGGGAGGUGGUCAAAUUAUCACACAGAUGUAUGAAACAAUAUUAAUGAGGUACGAAAAGCUUAAUUCGUCACACGAGGAGCUAAGGAGGCGUAUAGUGGAAGAAUGCGAGAAAAAGGCAAAAUUGGAAAAGCAGCUCGAAAAUGCUCGGAAAUAUGACCCUCCUAUUGGUGCAGAAAGAGACUCCCUACUGCGACAGGCUCAAAUAAUGAACGAAAAAAUAGAGUCGUUAAUGCGUGAUUUAACGCGUGUUCGUGAAGAAAGGACGAUGGUUAAACGUGAAUAUUCACUCGUUAUGAGCGAAAGAGACGCGGUACAUAAAGAAAUGGAUAAAUUACAAGAAGAUUUGAUCGCGAAGCAAAAAGAAUGUGAACAAAACACCAAGGAAAUACAACAGUUAACUGCAGAAAAAGACUCAUUAAAACAUCAGUUGUCAGCCAUGCAGCCUGGUUCUUCCAACACAUUGGACAUCUUGAACCUCCAGCAAGAGCUUUACGCCGCUCAGCGUGAGCGUAAGCAGGCACUGGUUGAAAAAGACGCCCAAUUGCGCGAAGCUUACAAUGCGCGCCAAGCGCACGAAUUGGCUGUGGAAACCGUGGAACAAAUAUCUCGGGAGCGUGACGCACUGACGACAAGUCUUGAACGAACUAAACAGGAAUUACAAGAUGCACUUAAUGAGGCCAAGGAAUCGCGAAGGUGGCGAGAAAUUGCGUUUUCGGAGCGCCACAAACUCCGCUUAGAAUUGGAAGAAAGUAAGAAAGUUUGUGAUGAGGUGACGGCAGAACGAGAAAAACUCGUCAAGCAACUUGAAGAAGCUGUUAAAGAGCACGACACGACUAAAGAAACGAAAAACAAAAUUCUCAGUGAGCUACGAGAAAUCCAGACUCGUGUCGAGAUGACUCAGCGAGAAAAUGCGCAUAGUCAUGACUCGGCAAUCGACGCAGGCGAAUGGGAAAGUAGUGAACACCCAUCAAAUGGUGGCGCUGUUCGCCUGCGUAAAUUCGUCACCGUUUUGCCACACGGUGCCAGUGUAGAGCCAGGAUGGUACGUUAAAAACUGCGAAUCUGGUGCCGUUGCCCCUGGUGAUCGUAUCGUGGCUGUUAAUAAUGUUUCUGUGGCUGAUAAAACACUUUAUGAGGUCCGACAAAUGGUUGCUUCUGGCAACACAUGCUACGUAGAGCUGAGUCGGGCUUUUUGUUACGAGUCAGCGAGUAGGGAUGAGAAUUUUGAGGAAAUCGUGACUCAACAGCACCAACUAGUGAGUGAUUGGACACCGGAGCCGAAACCGCCCGUGCGGAAAAAUAACGCGCAUAAACUAAAGGAAGAGAAAAGCCCAUAUAAUGGUGUUUCUACUCCGAAAAGAAAAUCCAAAGAAAUGAUUCUUUCGACUGAAGAAGAAAAUCUGCUGAGUCACAAUCCAUUCUCCAUCACUGUAGGUCAACAACAUACACUUGCGCAUGAUUCUCUUACAACUAUUGUGACCGCUUCUAAAAAGAAAAAGUUUUUCUGGCGGAGGAAAAAAAGCAAGAGUAUCGCUGGCACUUCAUCCUCUGGAGGGAGCCCUGGAGGCACGUGGCCGAGGUUAGAUAGUCCCCCGUUAUCGAACAUCAUUUCUACUGGAGCUCGACUUUCGGUUUUCAACAAAAAGCGGAAUCGACCUUCAAUUUCAUCCACCACUUUCACCCCACCUAGCGGCCACAGUGCCGGCCACACCCCUCCCACUGCUUUACGAGGUCACACUUCGCCGACUUCGACACGUAUCCCAUCUAGCCCCAGCUCUCCAUCACCACCAAGUGGUAGUUUAGCCUCAAAUUCGCUGCCGUCUCAAAGAGAACCAGCGCACCAGGGCCACACACACUUCCGUAGUGCAACUCAUAAACCCGUUCGCCGUCGACGACCUGUGUCAGCCCCCAUGGGGGAAAGGGUGCUUACCCCUUGGCAGGGCAACGCCAUGAACAGCAACAACAAUAACACUGUGUAUCCCCUGCAUGCAAAGCAGCAGAGGCCGCCAGAGAGCAAAACCACUGAACCCCCUUCCUCGUCAAUUCUCAGUGUUCAACCAUCCAUGACCAAAAAUGAUUCGUAUUUAUUGGACCAAUCAAAUUCAAACAUCUCCAAUGACUUGAUACUCGUACCCUCACCAGCAGAAAGGACCAGAGUUAGAUACAACAGACAACAAAGUGUGCCCGAAGCAAGCCAUCUAAAAACAAACGGGACCAACCUCUCGGCUUCUCUCACCCCAUCCAUUUCACCCCCAAGUCACCCCGGGGCUUCCCCUCGACCCAGAAGUUCAUAUUCUUUACCCCGUCCAGACCCAACAAGUUAUAGAACAGCAUUAAGUGUAUCAUCAUAUACAAGUUCUGACACCUCACGCAAAACCCGAACCAUGGAUUGUAAGAGAAUAAGAAUUCCUUCGGAGGCUUCUGUGGGCAUUAAACUUAGUGGAUCAGAAAAAGGUUCAAUCAACUUAUCAUCGGAUCGUAGCACCCCCGUUUUAUUUACCCAUCCCUUCACCCUUGAUUCCACCAUCGUAAUCGGGGCGUCACCCCCCACUAACACCGAUCCAUCAGUUAGUUCGUUGUCCGUUGCUUCAAGUUUAUCAGCUCGUAGUAGAAAACAAAAGAAUUCAAAAGUUCGACGCAGAAAAACUGUUCUAGUUUUAUGCAGGCCCCCAGUUCCAAACGACCCCCGCUAUGUUAGCAUGAUUAAGGGUACGGACCCCAUUGGUAUCUCGAUUGUAAGCGGGGGUGAAAACGGGGGUAUAUUCGUGUCGAGACUUACUGAGCAUAGCCUCGCAGCAAAAGCUGGGCUUGAAUAUGGGGACCAACUUCUUGAGUAUAAUGGGAUCAAUCUACGGAGUGCGAAAGAAGACCAAGCGAGGGCGAUAAUGAGCCAAACACAACCUGGCGAUAUGAUCACGUUCCUGGCUCAUUAUAAUCUUGAAAAAUACAAAAACAGUAUCGAAAGCAAUUUAUCGGACACCCUUGGAAUCAGUCAACCGAAACAUGACAUCAUAAUAUCGACCAAUGAGGAACGAGACGAAAGAACGAUCACCCCCGAUGCCACCCCUCGUGCAAGCCCCCACGUUGAGCAGACCCUUCAAUCGCAAACCCUUAGCGAACCCCGCUUUGUAUUCAUGAACGGGGGUUGCACCCAUGUAAAACUAAUAGGGGGGAACUCACUUGGUAUAUACGUGGCUGCAAUUCAAUCAAACGAAGACACUCUUACUCCCAACACAACUGAUUUAAGGAUUGGCGACAAAAUAUUGGAAUAUAACAGUUUGCGUUUCACGAACAUAACAUUAGAGGGAGCUUCAAUACAACUUGCGCAGCCCGUUACUAGUUCAUCAUUACGUGUGGUGUAUGAACCAAAUAACUUUGAACGAAUAUUUAAAUCCCAACUUACAAGCGAACCACAGGGUGAUCAUUUCUAUGUCAGAGCACUUUUUGACCACAUGGUGGAGCGAGAGGGAUUGCUUCGUUUCACUCGUAACUCCAUCUUAUUGGUCGAUAACACUUACCCUGAUUAUUCCGUCGGCCAAUGGCUGGCUUGGCUCGUAGAUGAGGAAGGUCAAAGGUCAAAGAGAGGUCGCAUACCAAGCAAACUUGUAAUUGAGAAAGACCGUGAGAUCCUUGCUUUGGACGACGUAGCCUCAUAUACGGGGUCGAGCUCUGGCAAGCGGCUUAGUGGGUCUGGGAGAAGAAGUUUCUUUAAGCGUCGGAAACCUCAUCGUAACUCGUCGCGGUCAAGCGGCGACGUACGGCUACAAAAAUCGCUCAGCGAAACUUCUAUUGAAUCUGUCGUCGAAUCUGAACACUUGGGGGCGUACCAGGUCGUGGACAAACACUCUAGCGCCUCCAGGAGGCCGGUAAUUGUCUUUGGACCCCAUUCGUCACUUGUGAUCGAGAAAUUGGCACGAGAACAUACGGAAAUGUUUGUUAAAUGUAGCACAGAACAAAUGAAGAACGAUGGUCACGGGUCAACGAUCAUCGAAAGUUAUACUCAGUCAAGUGGAACACUCGUUUUAACCGAAGAUAUUCUUGUUCGAACAAUGAAAAUGUUUCCGGACCGACAUGUUCUUCUUGAACUUUCCGUUGACGCGGUCGACCGACUUCAUUCACUUAAGAUUUAUCCAAUCAUUGCGUUCGUGAAAUUUUCUUCAGCGAAAAAAAUCAAGGAAAGUCAGGACCGUGUAAUAGGCCGUGAUAAAUUAUCUUUGAAACAAUGUAAAGAAAUUAUGGACAAGUCAAACACCAUUGAAAGAAAACUUGUGUCAAAAUAUUUUGGGACAGUGUUAGUAAAUGGGGGACAGUCAACUACAGUUGCAGUUAAAGUGUCUCAGAUUGUUUCGCACGAGCACACCAAAGUAUUAUGGCUACCAGCAACUAACAGCCCGCUUAACUAUUAAUUAAAAAUACCUUGGUUCAAAUAUUGUUGCAAAAUUUUUUUUAUGAUUUUAGGUUGUGUCAUGAUAUUUUGUGAUGCCAUAGGCGCCAAACCUGGGGUGGCAGGGUGGGCUGGCUUGGCUGAAUCUUUUACACUCAGAAUUAAAUAGUAAACAUUACUACAACCAAAAAAUAUUUCCUAAAAAUGUGUCAGACUAUCCCUGUUUGGUGUCUAUGGUUACAAUCUAGUCUUUGUUAUACUAUUUCUAUUUUCUCGGGCCAAAAAUUCUUCAGUAUGUGACAGACUGUGCUGCUUUGCUACUCUAAAGUGGUCACUUUUUUGUGGCGUCGCAUUUGGUCAUAAACGAAUACUGUGCUGUAUCUAAAGACUAUCAUCUUACCUUGUCCUGUCUCCGCAAUGCAUUUUAAAUGUUUUUUAAAUGGUGCUUCACUUUUCAAAGGUUACCCUUCUAUUUUACAUAUUCUGGGGAUUUUUCCUCAAAGUUGGUGCUUUUUACCUAAAAAUGGAAUCUUUUUUGACAAUGUCUUGUAUACUUUUGCUGUAGACCAAAUCGGCUGUUGUUUUUUUUUCUUUUUUUCGAAUCGAUUUGUAAAUUUUGCGAAAAACUGUCACGCUUCUGGUCAUUGUUAGAAACACUUCCCUGUGUGACGUAAUAAAGAGCACUGUGCUGAAAA